AUGAUUAAGAAGUUCGAGGAAACGGGGUCACUGACCAUUCGCGCUGGGAGAGGACGUAAACCAGUAUCAGAAGAUGUAAUAACUGAUGUGGCAACUGCAAUUGUCGAAGUAUCGCAGGGAACCAUUGCUGGUACUAGCAGCGCCCGGGGUGUAGCUCGACAAUUGGACAUGAAUUAUUCCACGGUAUGGAGAGUUUUGCGGCGCGUUAUUGGAUUUUACCCCUACAAAAUCAGCCGCUUGCACGAACUUACACCAAGUGAUUAUGAUAAGCGAGUGACAUUCGCUCUAUCGUUUCUUGCUAGGGUAGAAAUUAGUGAUGCUUUCCCGUGGCACAUUCUGUGGCGAGAUGAGUGCCAUUUUUAUCUCAAUGGGUCCAUAAACAACCGAAUUUGGGCUUCUGAGCAACCCCACACCGAGCACGAAAUCCAGUUAAAGUCCGCAAAAGUCACUGUUUGGUGUGGUUUCACAGCCGAAUUCGUAAUUGGGCCAUUCUUGUUUGAGACCAUCACUCCAACAGGACCCCAAACUUGCACCAUAAAUGCAGAAAGGUGCCACGAAAUGCUGCAAACGUUUGUUAUUCCACAACUUCAGCAAAGAAACCGUCUCCAAUAG